AUGAGGCUUCACCAUUUCCAUAUGGCUUACUUGGACAAAGUGGCAGGCUCGCCGCCGUCGUCUCCACCAUCCAUCUCACUAGCAUCUCAGAGCUCAUCUGCUGCCAUCCCUCUAGCCCUCCAGCAAUAUUGUCUGCGCCCGCUUGCGCCCAAGAUCUCGUUCCCUGAGGCGAGGAAGAUGGUCGUCCUUCCUGAGUUUGCUCGCGUCAGGAAUGCUUCUUCGAGGCUGCUAAAGUGCACGGUGCAAGUGCCGACGGCGGGUGGCACGACGCGGUGGAACCCGUCGCCGGAUCAGAUAAGGGUGCUGGAGAUGCUGUACCGCGGGGGGAUGCGCACGCCCAACUCAUUCCAGAUCGAGCAGAUCACGGAGGAGCUCGGCAAGUACGGCCGGAUCGAGGGUAAGAACGUCUUCUACUGGUUCCAGAACCACAAGGCCCGCGAGCGCCAGAAGCAGAAGCGGGCUGCCCUCCUCACCCUCAGCACCACUACUUCCACGCUACCAGCUGCUGCUGCUGCUGAAACCAAAGAUGGAGUGGAGACGAAAAAGGAACAAGCGUGUGAAGAUGCAUCGAGCCGCAAGCGGAGGUUCAGGACCUGGGAUGAUAUCGACCAUGGUGGCGGCGGCGAUGCCGCUACCGACUACUACACCGACGAUGUGACCCUGGAGCUCUUCCCGUUGCGUCCUCAGGGGGAAGCUAGCUAA